GAAGGAUGGCUCGUGCACUCUUGGCGCUCUACUGCUGCUGUGUCGCGCUGCUGACUGGCGCGCGCGGAACGAGAGAUGCCCGGAGACCGGUAUAUGGACCGGGACACGGACACAGACCCGGAUACCGACCGGGACACGGACACAGACCCGGGUACGGACCGGGAUACGGACACGGACCAGCGACCAACUGGGGAGCUCCAGCUGAGGUGUGCAAGAGCCGCCCGCUGGACCUGAUCUUUAUCAUCGACAGCUCUCGCAGCGUCCGGCCUGCCGAGUUCGAGAAGGUCAAGGUCUUCCUCUCAGACAUGGUCGACUCUCUGGAGAUUGGACAGGAUGUCACACGAGUUGGUUUGGUCAAUUAUGCCAGCACGGUCAACAUCGAGUUUCGCCUGAGCGCUUACCAUAACAAGGCGCAGCUCAAACAGGCCUUCUCUCGUAUCGACCCACUUUCAACUGGCACUAUGACUGGCCUGGCCAUCAAAACGGCCAUGGAGCAGGCCUUCACCGAGGGGUCUGGUGCUAGGCCCCAGAGCAAGAACAUCGGAAAGGUGGCCAUCAUCGUGACAGAUGGGCGACCCCAGGACAAGGUAGAGGAUGUUUCGGCUGCUGCGAGAGCCUCUGGGAUUGAGAUCUAUGCUGUCGGAGUGGACAGAGCAGACAUGAAGUCUCUGAGGUUGAUGGCCAGCCAGCCGCUGGAUGACCACGUCUUCUACGUGGAGACCUAUGGGGUGAUCGAGAAACUCACCUCCAAGUUCAGGGAGACUCUUUGUGGUUUGGAUGCAUGCGCCCUCGGACACGACUGUGAGCACAUUUGCGUGAACAGCAACGCCUCUUACUACUGCAAGUGCAGGGUGGGCUACGUCCUUAACCCGGACAAGAAAACAUGCUCACAAUCCAACGGUUUGGAUGCAUGCGCCCUCGGACACGACUGUGAGCACAUUUGCGUGAACAGCAACGCCUCUUACUACUGCAAGUGCAGGGUGGGCUACGUCCUUAACCCGGACAAGAAAACAUGCUCACAAUCCAACGAGGAGGCACGCAGCGAUGUGUCGGAGGACGCCUGCAUGUGCGAAGCUCAGAUCGCCUUCCAGAAGAAGGUCCACCACAACAUAAAGGAGAUAACCAGCAAACUGGACGACCUCACUAGAAGAGUUCAGCAGUUCCGUCUCCGCUGAGUCCAGAACAGGAGCUGACAGCAGACGACACCUUUCACCAACAGGAUGUCUCCAUACCACACAGCCAUCUUUCUGUUACUUAAGCCUGCUAGAGGCCCCUUUGUUUACCUCCAUAUGUGUUUAAUAUAAACUGUGUUCAUAAUAUCAACACAAAGUGGCCAAUAGCUCAUUUUAUUUUUAUAUAACGUAGCUUGUAUAGUAUAGCCGACUCUUCUCAGUGUUUGAGAAUGAUUUGUACUCUGUUAUCAGAAAAACAGAAGUUGUUCCUGUAACCGUUUGGACCUUAUAUUGCUGCAGUAUAUCAAUGCGGUGCUUGGACUUUUAUUUUGUAAAAUAUAAAUAAAGUAUAUAACCUUGUGAAGGUUUCUUUGACUGGAAAAAAUAUUGUGUGUUUGUAUCACAGCUUGCUUAAUCUUGGAUGCUUUGUACAGAUUGUCUGUGAGACAAUAAAAACAGAC